AAGCGAAAGGGCAACAGAUGCGUCAAUUAGAGGAGAAGUACGCGGAGAACAUCUCCAAUGGCUCCUCGGUACGCACCAAGUCUGCGCUCCAGCCUGGCACCUCUGCUGCUUUUCCUGCAGCUGGGGUUCAUUGUCAUAUAUGCCUUUUGCACCGAGAUCCAAAGGGAGGAGAGCAGAGAUGAAAAAACUUUCAGCAACAUUUACCCUGAGUUCCAGGAUGUGAAUGUGAUGGUCAUUCUAGGUUUUGGCUUCUUGUGCACUUUUCUGGUGCGGUAUGGUUUCAGUGCCUCUGCGUUCAACCUCCUUGUGGCAGUCAUGGCCACCCAGUGGGCAAUGAUACUAAAUGGUAUUGUGUCCUACAGGGGAAAGAUCAGGCUAAACUUGAGAAGCUUGGUAGAUGCUGAAAUGUGUGCAGCUUCUGUCCUCAUUUCAAUUGGAGCUGUGCUGGGGAAGACCAACCCUGUUCAGCUCAUCCUCAUCUCCCUGCUGGAGGUGUCGGGGUUCAUCUUGAAUAAAUGGGUCCUCCAGACUCUGCUGAGAGAACGGAUGCUUAACAGCAUCAUGGUACUUCACAUCUUUGGGACAUUCUUUGGACUCAUACUGACCUGGAUCCUGUACCGGAAAGGUUCAGAGCAGGGGUUUGAAAAAGAGAAAUUUGACCGCAAGACAGGAUUGUUCUCCAUGUUUGGGACUGUGUUUCUCUGGAUGUUUUGGCCCAGUUUCAACUCAAUCCUUGUGGAUGAUGAUACUCCUUGGAGGAAGUUAGGGGCCGUGUGCAGCACCUACCUGGCCCUGGCUGUCAGUGCUGUAACAGCAGCUGCUGUGUCUGUUCUCUCCAGUCCCAAGGGAAAACUCAACCUGAUCCAUAUACAGUCAUGCAUCCUUGCUGGUGGUGUUGCUGUUGGGGUCUCAAUACCAGCCAUUCAUCAUCCAUGGGAAGCCAUGAUAAUCGGAUUCACUGCGGCCGUUGUAUCAACCAUUGGACACCGAUGCCUCAAGAUCCACAUGCUACUUGCAUUUCAGUGCCAUGACACCUGUGCCGUUCUCAGUACAUUUGGACUCCCUGGUCUGCUGGGAUGGCUAGCACAUCUCCUCCUGCAGAUUAACUACUUGGAUGAUCACACAAUGGCAAUCCGGUUCGCUGUAUUUCACAUUUCUAGUCUCUUGAUCACCAUAUCUCUAAGUCUGUCCAUGGGAAUCAUUACUGGACUUCUGCUCAUGUGGAAAUUCUGGAAACCACCCCAAGACAGGAAAUGCUUUGAUGAUCAGGCUUUCUGGGAGUUUCCCAGUCUUGCAGUGCGCAAGUAAGAAGGCGGAGAAAGAAAUAGGCCAAGUUUGGAGUCCUGGAAGUACAAACUAUUUUCGGGAUUAAAUUCAUGUCAAUGUAUAUCAUUUAAUACUAUAAUAUUAUUU